CCCAGAGCCUUAACCGCCAAUCAUUAUCAUUACAUGCAACCAAAUAUUAAGAGUUAUUUACUUUAAGACUAUCUGUUCCUAUACUUUUGCUCACCUAAGAACUGGGUCGUCUGAUACAAAAGGUGUCACAUUCUAAGUUGCUCAACACAUCUGGAUGUAAAUAUCAGGAAAUGAAAGCUGAAAUUCUGAUCUAUCGUCUCCUCUCCAUCAUCUGAUGUCAAACCCAAAUGUCUUUGGUGUAUAGAAUAAAUAACAAAGAGCUGGCCUUGCCGUUCCAAUACUUUCUGUAAGUUUGCGAUCAAAAUAUUCAAAAUAUGAACACACGGAGUCCGUCUUCGCUAUUUCUAAUAUCAACGUGUAAUAUAAACGAUUUGAAAAGUAAAGAAUUAAUAGCUACGUUACAGACAUAAAUGCAACCUACAUUAUGAUAUUAAAUGACUCUUAGAUAAAACACAUUUUCUCCAGAAAUUGCAGAAAUGAUGAAAACGUUAACCGUCGAUCAAAAUGAAUAAAAAAUUUCGAUUUUUUUUUGUUUUUCUCAGCUGAAACGACCGUUUUUAUGUUAAAAACUUUUCUUUUUUUUUUUAAGUUGAAGCUAUUUUUCACUUCAGUGUUGGUCAGUAUUGGGAUUAUUUUAGUACAGUGCCACACGUUUUACCACAGAAACCAAAUUCAUACUCAGCCUGGACUGCAUCGCUAAGCUAAUCUCACGUCAAUAACUAAGACCUUCGUUUCCGUUAGCUCUAUUUAGAGCAUCUGCCUCAUUUUGGAACCAUUUAUGUCAACUCAUCUACCUCUCUGACCCACAUUCCGCCUCACUGACACUGCUGAAUCUGAUGCUGUUGAUUUCAUUCUCUAUGACAUAACAUAUAACACGUCAUCUAUAACAUUUAUUAACGCACAGCAUAUCAUCCUUUCAUUUAUAAAAGUUGGAAUCACUGGCGAUGUACCGUUAUAGGAGAAGAAUCCUUUUUGUCCCCGUAGGUUCCUCGUCUUAUAGAAUAAAGUGUGUGGAAAGUUCAUAAUCGUGCACAUAUUUGUCCUGUAUAUGUACUUGACAGGGGUGAUGGCCAGUAAAGCGGUGAAGGAGAAGCUGCAGUGGACCGUUUUAAAUCGUCAGAGUUUUAAACAAGCCGAGACUCAACGAGAGACGGCCCACAUCUCUGAGCUGGACUCACAGCAUGAGCAACCGAACACACCUCCGUCUUCACAACAAAGACGAAAGCAGCUGUGGAGAGCUGCCUCUGAAUUUGUUCUGAAGCACGAACGGAGAAGAUCAUCCAGCAGGAAGGAAUCUCUUAACAACUCGUUCCCGAGCAGUAGUAACUCCCCCACAUGUCAGUGCUCUCCACCUUCGGAUCGGUCUGAUCUCACGUCACAGCUGUGGGACUACAGUGUGCAGCCGUACUAUCAGUUUCAGGUGGAGAGGAACCCGAGCUUCAGUGUGCCGUUGAGGAUGUGGCCUCCUGUCACGGUCCCACAACAGAACAUGUUACACCCCUCCAUCAUACUGAAGCCUGUGUAUGUGGACACAACCAUGUUUCCCAGGCCACACCUGCUCUUCCACCCGGGAGUGUGUUUGAGCGUGAGACUUCACAGGCCUUUAGAGAGAUGUCAGUCACAGCCUCUGAUCCACAGUCACCAACCGAGGGGAUUUGAUCAGCGUCACAGCUUCAGAGAUUCAGUGAGACCCAUUCACGAAUGCCACCCAGAGGCGGAGGAGAGAACGGCAGUGCAGGAUGCAGGGAAAGUAAGGUUUAUGGUUGGAGAAGAGGUGUGUGACGAAUACACGAGCAGUGAGUCGAGUUCCUCAUCACACCUUUACCCCAGCAGCAAGUGGCAGCGCAGACCAGCUAUGAGAAAACACAGAUCACUGACACACACCCUCUCCUGUCAGCCCGCCCACUUCCUACCUGACACUGUUGACUCCGCCUCUGACCACGCCCAAAGCACAGGGCUGGUGUAUGAUCCACUGAUGCUGAUGCAGCAUUGUAUCUGUGACCCUAAGCAUGCUGGGAGAAUUCCACUGGUCUUUAACAGACUGCAGGAAUGUGGAGUCAGUGAUCAGUGUAAGUGGUUUAGAGGCAGACAGUGCAGUUUGGAGGUUGUACAGGUGAUUCAUCAGAACGGAGCGAAUCCUCUGAGUUGUCUGCAACCUUCAGUGAUGAUGGCAGCAGGCUGUGUAACAGAGCUAGUACUGCUCGUCGCACAGGGUCAGCUGAGGAAUGGGUUUGCAAUAGUACAACCACAUGGACAUGAUGCCUUACACUCAUCACCCAGUACAUCAGUGGCUACUUUUAGUUCAGUAGCAAUUGCCACUAAACAGCUCCAGAAAAAACAUAACAGAAAGAUUCUCAUUCUUGACUGGGAUGUUCAUCACUGUAAUAUAACUCAGGAAAUGUUCUACACAGACCCGAAUGUUCUCCACAUCUCUCUGCACUGCAGCACUGUGAGAGGACGAGCUGAUGAAGUGGGCUUGGGUGAUGGAGAAGGUUUUAACGUCAAUGUGGAAUGGUCAUGUGACCUGGACCCACCCAUUGGAGACACGGAAUACUUGGCAGCGUUUAGGACUGUGAUCAAGCCCAUUGCCCAGCAGUUCUCCCCUGAUGUCAUCCUGAUUUCCACAGAGUUUAACACCGUCGACGGUCAUCCAGCGUCUCAUGGAGGACUGAGAGUAUCCGCGAAAUGUUUUGGGCUCCUCACUCAGAACCUGAUGGAACUCUCUGGAGGUCAUGUUGUCGUGGUGUUAGAGCAAGGUCAUGACAUCACAGCCGUGUGUGAGGCGUCUAAGGCGUGUGUUAAUGCUCUGUUAGAGAACCAGGUUGCGUCUCUGUCAGAUGAUGUCCUGAUGAAGAAGCCGUGUGCUGCAGCGGUUCAGUCUCUACACAGAGUUCUACAGAUCCACAGUCAGUACUGGUCGUCUGUGAGAGAUCUGACACACACCGUAGGCGAGUCGUGGUUACGGGCCGAGAGGAAAUAUACGAUGCACACUGACACGGCCUCCGCCCUCGCUUCGCUCAGUGUGACCACCCCGAAAUACCCCGGCUGUGAGGUCCUCAGGUUCUGCCGAGGAGGAACCGAGCCGGUGGAGCACGACGAGGACGAGGACAAGCCGUGACCUCAUCGAGGGAAGACGAGACAGCAGCCUUUAAGUUGUUUUUACUAUUUUUAUUUAUUUCUACAGUUCUCGCUCGCUUUAAAGGACUUAUUAAAAAUAAUUUUAUCUGAAAUUAUUUGAAGUUUUGCGUCAAGGACUUAAAAAAAUCCUAAAAAUAUGCUGAUUAAUCUGUGAAAUUUGUUUUAUUUUUUUAAAAAAAAGAUUCAUUUGUACAUUUGCUUUAUUAUUAUAAUAAUUAUAAUGAUUUAUACUUAUUUCUCCUUUUAUAUAAACACACAUCACUGCACUUAAUGAUCAUUUUAGUGCACUCGUACCGUACCUGAUUCAAUAUUCAGCUUUACUGAAGUUUUAAGAAAAAGAUCCCCAACUUUUAAUUCCUUUCUUUUGACUUUUUUCUUGUGUGCCACAAAUUUAAAAAACAAACACUUCAAUAUAUUUUUUCCUUUAACCUGGCUACAACUUUGAUCACAUUUCUGUGAAAUGUAACUUUAUCAUUAACUAUUUUAAAUCCGCACCAUCGGUUUUUAAUGAAAAAUAAAAAGAAAAAAAAAAGAACUUGAUCUUUGAAGUAUUUGUAUAAAUGUAAAGGCAUGCGGGUGACGUGGUUCAAUUCUGUUUAAAUUCAUACACAAUUCAUUAAGUUUGUUACAUUUGAAAAAGCGUUAACCCCGCCCCCUAAACAUAAACUGAACCUUUUUGUACAUUUUAUUCAAAAGAAGUUAUGAGAGUUGUUACAGUUUUGCAAGUGAGACCAGGUUUUAAAACAAACAAAAAAACCUCCUAAGUUCUAAUUUGAAUGACUAAUUAUGAAAUUAGUUUGAUUUCUUUCUAUUUGAAUUAUCUGCACUUUCACGCAGAUGAGUUCCAAAGUUGAAUCUGAUCUCCACGUUAUUAUUAUUAUUAUUUUACAGUUUUUAAAAAUAGAAGUAACUGUAUGUGGACAUUUUAUUUUCUUUUUAAUGUCCAGAGUGCAGCUAUAGACAUUGUAAGUCUUUGAUAUAAUACUUUAAUGAUUUUAUUAAACACAAUUUCACUUUUUAUUUAAAAAGUUCCUCGCAGGAAUUUUCGCCUUUUUAAAAGACGUCUGUAAGCGAGGUUGAAAUAUCACAAAUUUUGACCUUAAGGUGAAACAUGGAUAAAAACCUCCGUAAAGUUCUAGGCAGCAAAGGCUGAAAUCAUUUUUAUUCCUAAUUUUGUCUGUUUCCAUGACAUUACGUAGUGAUUUCUGACUCGAAAAACCCUUUUCUUUAAGUCGACCUCCUCUCAUUUACUCUGAUCUAGUUUUUAGCUUUGACCUUCGUGUUGUAAAGUGACCUUGAGUGUCCUGAAAGGCAACCAUGAAUAAAAUGUCAUUUCUAUUUCUACAGAAAAGUAUGAAAAAAAUAAUCAUGUUUGCAUUUUGUUUUGUGACAGUGUGUGGAAUAAAAAUAUUUCAAACUGCGGUGUUUAAAAUGCUUUAAAAGUCCCGCCCCAAAGCAUUAAAAAUACAAAUAAAAACUCGUCUUUGAAAAUUUCAUUUCAACAUAAAACACACG